CCUUGUUUCGACGUUCCUAAAAUUGCAGGAGAUAUUUAGUGAAAGUUAAGGAGAUGUGCAACAGAUGAGAGAAGCAGAGAUUCACAUUGUACUUCCGAUGAGAAUUCUUCCACUGUGAAAUUUGCCCUUGCAGCAAAAGUCAUAACAAUCUUCUGAGACUCUAUCAUUAUGCUGACCCUUUGGUGUGUGUCAGCUGUACUGUUCAGUGCAUGGGGACUAAGUCACGCACAGUAUGAGCACUUGGGUUAUCUUCCAGGCUACCAGGACCCUGCACAGAAUCUUUACACAGCUCCAGAGCUUUCUGCUGAUACGCCCAGGAUACAGCUUCGUCUGGCAGGGGAGAAACGCAAGCACAAUGAAGGGCGUGUUGAGGUCUUCUAUGAAGGAGAGUGGGGGACUGUGUGUGAUGAUGAUUUCAACAUUCAUGCUGCCCAAGUGGUAUGCAGAGAAUUGGGUUAUUUUGAGGCAAACUCUUGGUCUCCAUCAUCUAAAUAUGGGAAAGGAGAAGGUCGUAUAUGGUUUGACAAUGUCCACUGCACGGGAAAGGAGAAGAGCUUGGCCCAAUGUGAGUCUAAUGGCAUUGGCGUGUCCGAUUGCAAGCAUUCUGAAGAUGUCGGGGUUGUUUGCAGUGACAAGAGAAUCCCAGGAUUUAAGUUUGUCAACACCCUAACCAACAACAUUAAUAGUCUGAACAUUCAGGUGGAGGAUGUCCGAAUACGACCCAUCCUGUCAUCGUAUCGUAAACGCAUCCCAGUGACAGAGGGCUAUGUGGAGGUGAAAGAUGAAGGCCGUUGGAAGCAGAUCUGUGAUGAUGAGUGGAGUCAGAUGAACGGCAGGGUCAUCUGUGGCAUGUUCGGCUUUCCUGGAGAGAAGAGAUACAAUACCCGUGUGUACAAGAUGUUUGCCCGCAGGAGAAAGCCAACAUUCUGGGAUUACUCCAUAAAUUGCACCGGAAAUGAAGCUCAUUUGUCUAGCUGUAAGCUGGGCCACAGUCUCACCAUCAAAGCUAAUAGCACGUGUGGGCAAGGCAGUCCUGUGGUAGUCAGCUGUGUCCCAGGCAGAGCUUUUGCCCCGACUCCCAUGGCAGGCUACAGGAAGGCCUUCAGACAGGAGCAACCAAUGGUGCGUCUUAGAGGUGGUGCUGUGGUAGGAGAGGGACGAGUGGAGGUGUUGAAGAAUGGAGAAUGGGGCACGAUCUGUGAUGAUAAAUGGAACCUCCAAUCAGCUACUGUGGUGUGUCGUGAGCUUGGUUUUGGGAGUGCCAAGGAGGCACUUUCUGGUGGUCAGCUUGGACAAGGAAUGGGCCCUGUACAUAUGAAUGAGGUUCAAUGCUCUGGCUUUGAAAAGUCUGUCACGGAGUGCCAAUUUAAUAUAGAUAAAGACUCUGAAGGCUGCAGUCAUGAGGAGGAUGCAGGUGUUCGGUGCAAUGUUCCUGCCAUGGGCUUUCAACAGAGGCUUCGGUUGAGUGGAGGGCGUAACCCGUUUGAAGGCCGUGUUGAGGUGCUAAUGGAUCAUAAUGGCUCUCUGGUAUGGGGCACUGUGUGCGGUGAGGGCUGGGGCACUAUGGAAGCCAUGGUCGUCUGCAGACAGCUGGGCCUGGGCUUUGCAAGUAACGCUUUUCAGGAGACAUGGUACUGGUCCGGUGCAGUGAAUGCAGAUGCAGUGGUUAUGAGUGGGGUGAGGUGUUCAGGAACAGAGAUGUCUCUCUCCCACUGUCUGCAUCAUGGAGAAUAUCUCAGCUGCCCUAAAGGUGGAGGACGCUUUGCAGCUGGAGUUUCCUGCUCUGAGACUGCUCCAGAUCUGGUGCUGAACCCCCAGGUUGUGGAACAAACCACAUACUUAGAGGACCGUCCUAUGUUUAUGUUACAGUGUGCCUAUGAGGAGAACUGCCUGGGUUCCACCUCCAGCACCAUGCCAGCCAACUCCUAUCGCCGCCUCCUCCGGUUCUCCUCCCAGAUCCACAACAAUGGACAGUCCGACUUCAUACCCAAAGCCUCCAGAGACACCUGGGUUUGGCAUGACUGCCACAGACAUUAUCAUAGUAUGGAAGUGUUCACUCACUAUGACCUACUUAGUCAAAAUGGCACUAAGGUGGCAGAGGGACACAAAGCAAGCUUUUGUCUGGAGGACUCAGAAUGUGAUGAAGGAAUUGAGAAGAGAUAUGAGUGUGCAAACUUUGGUGAGCAGGGUAUCACAGUGGGCUGCUGGGAUACAUACAGACAUGAUAUUGACUGCCAGUGGGUAGACAUUACAGAUAUUAAACCUGGAGACUACAUUUUCCAGAUUGUAAUUAACCCAAAUUAUGAGGUUGCUGAGUCAGAUUACACCAAUAACAUUGUCAAAUGCAGAUGUCGAUAUGAUGGUCACCGCAUAUGGAUGUAUAACUGCCAUAUAGGCGGUUCCUUUAGUGCAGCGACAGAAGACAAUUUCCCUGGCCUACAGAACAACCAGGUCACCCACAGGUAAAACAGGGAUGCGGAAAAACAUCCAAAAAUCCUACCCAACCAAUGAGAUUACCAAGAGGCCUAAACCACUACACCUCCCUAGAGGACCUUUCAUCUCUCACCAGUAAUUCAAUGGCACUCCUUCAGCUGUGCUCAAAGCCACACUGUCCUCUACUGCAUUAUAGGAUUGAACAUUAGUUUUUCAACCAAUAACAAAAAUUUGAGGCAGCCCUGCUGAAAACUCCAGCAUUGCCUGUUCACCAACAUAUGUUGUGUUUUGGUUGCUGGUCCAUAACAGGGUUUACUGGUGUGCUGGUUUCCCCACCAGGCUUUAUAACUAGACUCACCAGCUAAGGUUUGCUGGUGAACAUUUUGGCAAUGCCAUUCUACCAGCAAAAGAGCUGCAAAAACCAACAUAGUGAGGACCAACAUCGAAUGGUUUAAGCUGGUCUUUUCAGCAGGGUGGACAUAAUGCUGAAGACAGCUCAUUGACUCAGAUUAACAGACUGAAAAGGUUUUUUUUUCCGUGUCAACACUGAGCCAGUUAUGAUUCUAAAACUUCCUUCAAACCUCAUGUUUACUGCUGGUGUCGAGGAUGAAACUAUGUAUAUACUCUCAAGUGACCAUGAAAUGAAUUCUGGUGCACUUUUAUAACUUGAAGGGACUUGUGGUUUGGGUCAUUUUGUCAGUUUUUUGAUAAAGUGAUGGGGCUUAAUUUUAAAUAAAA